UCGACAACCCACUGCCUGAGCAGAUCUCUGCUGAGAUGCAGCAAAGAUUGGCUGAGCAGAGUAAAAAAAUGUUUAACAAACCACCCAGGCGUCUGUUCCUGGAGAGUCCUGUUCAAAAUUGGUCCUCAGCAGAGAUGCACCAGGAUCAGCCCGUUAAAAAGACAAACAGAGAGCAGCAUCAGGGAGUACUGAGGUCCCCCAAGAAGGAGUCAUGGUCAGAAGUGGAGGAACGGCCCUCUGCACUCCUGGCCCCUGACAUGGACCCUGACCACUGUCCAACCCCUGAGCAGCGAGAGGCCAAACUUCAGCGUGUGGAACGAAUACGGGAGAGAGUCAUAAGAAGUCAGAGAGAGUGCUACUACACACAAGCAACUACCAAUCAGUGGGGAGGGGCAGGAAGUUCAACAGGUGCCCCCUGACACAGCAAAAAAACAAAGGUUGCAAUCAGACCAUGAAUCUUAUGACGGCUAUGGAAGCUCUGGGGAUAACAUCAGAAGCCCUGCUGAACUUCAGCGUUCUAGUGGAACAUCUCAGGAUGAAGAUGAAGGUGGCCAUGUGAAAAAAUCCAAAAGCCAAGUCAAAUUUGGGAACAAAACACAACACAAAGAUCACAGUGUACGAACAGGGGUUGCCAAAACUAAAAUCAAACGUCCGGCUUCGCCCUAUCAUAUCUCAUCUAUGACUGUCUACCAGAAAGAUGGAGGCAAGGGAUUUACAAGUUGCAAGGAUGGAGAGCAGCGAAAGCUUGAAGAACCUUUGGCUGAUGAUGAUGAUGAUGAUGAUGAUGAUGAUGAAAGUGAUUUUUCAUCCUCCAAUAUGAGAGCCAAGUGGUUCCUCUCCACCAACCAGUGGCAGGGGUUCAUACCUUUGCAGAUCCCUGGCAUAGACUCAUUGUGCCGUGAAGAGGUAUCAGACAUCGAGAACCAACCAGCAUGCACCGACGACGUGACUGAUUCAAAUGAAAUGUCAUCCACAGUGAGUGAAAGCUUAGAGAAAAUGAAAGAGAACCAUUCACUCUUCUAUAAGAUUGCAUGUGACAUUAGUAUUUCAGACACAGAUAUAACAAAGAAUGAUGGGAAUUCAAAUGCCCAAAUGUCAUCCAGGCCAGAAGAAGAAGAAGAGCUGCUGAUCACCGAAUCUGUGCAGGGUGACACGACCCAUAAUGUUGGGAGAUCCUCUAAGCAAGACAGCAAGGAUUCCAGCCUACGUUUGCCAUCAGAUGUUAAUGAGAAUAGUUUACCAAUUGAUGACAAACUUCAAGAUUCAACACUAGAAACCCAGGACAAAGCUGCGUUCAAUACUUCGGCCAGUCCAGCAAAAGAGCCCUGUGUUUAUGCAGAGAUCCUUCAAAAAGAAUGUGUAAACACCUCAAGACAAGAAAGCCUGUUGAAGGUUAGAGAAUCCAUCCACGGCGCUCCUGUUCAGGACAUUGAUUCUGAUCAGGCCCAAGAUGAGUAUGCAAAGACAAGAGAAGAGCAGAGUGGAGAGAAAGAGUUAGAAGACAGGAAGGUGGAGACAAGAGAAGAAAGAUCUGAAGAGCAGAAGAAACAUAGUAGUUUGAGUGAGGUGAACAAGGAGCCAGUCCAAGAACGAGGCAACAACCACUGUAUCGCUCCAUCCAGCUCUGCGUAUGAAGGCGGACGUGUGAUCCAGAGUGCCUCUUUCAGGAAGGCACGAGUUACAGUAUUAAGGACAAGUUUGUAGAGGUAAUAACGGUGACAGCUUAAGGAGCUUAAAUGAGCGAACUUUGGAAGGACAAGAACAUAGUUAAGUGAUUUAUGGUAAAAAGAAAAUGCCUGAGGAGGAGGACGUUAAGUGAUUGGAGGUAUUUGGACCUAACUUUGGAUUACAAAUGGUAAAAUGGGAACAUACGAUAUAAGAAAUAAUCAUAAUGUUUGAUAACUUGAACAUUUCCAUUAUUCAUAGAAUGUGGUUUGAAAUGCAGAUUAAACAGAAGGUCUUAGGAAUAUUUCAUGAAAACAAAAACUAUGUAAGCAAAUAUAGUGUAGUGUUGUUUUGCAGUUGAUGGUAAACACCAAAUACCUUCUUGCAGUCAAAUACAGGCUCAGUAUUUCAGGUUAACACUUUCAAUCCUCUCAAAAGAAGCAUCUAACAUAACACAGAAAUGAGUGCUUGCGGAUGGCAACAUAACCCUUGUUAUUGUCGGUGUAACAAAAUGUGUUUUGUAUCUCAAAUAUCCUGAUUAAUAAACAUGCUGUGUGUCUGAUAUCAA